AUGGGCCGCUACAACUUCGCCGCGCAAAACGUGCAGAAACAAGCCUCCCAACUCCUCCACGCAAAACGAAUACCAGCGCCUCCCUCCUGGUACGAUGUCAUCGGCAACACUCCUCCCAGCACACGACUCGUUCGCCAGCCCAUGCAGCGAGCACAGGAACCCGGCAAAAGACCGCCCAGGAAGCGAAGUCGAAUGUUCCAGCCAUUGAACAUCACAUACGAGGAGGACAAGUUGAGAUGGGAGUACUUCAAUGAUCAUCCGUGGGAGUUGGCGAGGCCGCGAGUGGUUCUGGAGAACGAUGGACGGGAUCACGAGAAGUGGGAUUGGAGCGUGCCGUUGGAUGCUGCUGUGCAUCGACCAAAAGCGAGGUUCUUCGACAAGGCCUACGACGAGGAGCAGAGGGAGAUACGAACGCUGUGGGAUCGGACAAUGGUGAAGCAGUCGGCGAGACCCAUUAACGGAGAGUCCGUCGUUCAAAGACAAAACUACCUCCUGCGCACUGGCAUGCAACCCGCCGCCGCAUACGACAAAGCCCGAAAAGAACUCUACCGCAUACGCCACGCCCAGGAAACCGAAGCCCGCGUCGCGCGAGAAGAAGCUCUAGCAACAGGCGCAUAUUUCGGCCCUGGACCUCUUCAAAUCGGAAUGCAGCUCGAAGACAAAGCCUACGAAGACUGGAAGACUUGGGCGGAGAAACAGAUUGUGGCUUUCAAGCAGUUGCAAGGGUCAGCUUAUACGGGUACGGAGAACGAGAGUGCAGACCUAGAAAUUCAGGAGCCGCAGCAGGAGGAGCUUCAGGAGGUUAGCAGUGAGAUACCUGCGACUAAGGCUGGGCAGGCGGCGCAGGGCGGUGCGGCUAUACAUCCUUGA